AUGGCGGCUUCGCUGCGGGCGCUGCCCGUCGGUCUCCUCCUCGUCCAGAGUGCGGUUUUAAGUUUCCCGCUCGGCCAGAACCGCGCCGAGGUCGCCACCUGUGGAUACAAGUCAUGCCAUGCUACAGUGCCCAACAUGCUGAAUGUCCACCUGGUCCCUCACACCCAUGAUGAUGUUGGUUGGCUCAAGACUGUCGAUCAGUACUAUUAUGGAGACCGUAACGACAUCCAGCAUGCGGGGGUCCAGUACAUCCUGGACUCUGUAGUGGACCAGUUGCUGAAGAACCCAGACAGGCGGUUCAUCUACGUGGAGACGGCUUUCUUCUACCGCUGGUGGAAACAGCAGAGCUCCAGCAUGCAGCAGACGGUCAAGCAGCUCGUCAGCGAAGGCCGUCUGGAGUUUGUGAAUGGUGGCUGGUGUAUGAGUGAUGAGGCAACCACCCACUACAGUGCUGUCAUUGACCAGAUGACCAUGGGCCUGAAGUUCCUCAACGAGACCUUUGGACCGUGCGGCCGUCCCCGCGUCGCCUGGCACAUCGACCCCUUCGGACACGCGCGGGAACACGCCUCCAUGUUCGCCCAGAUGGGCUACGACGGCUUCUUCUUCGGCCGUCUGGACUACCAGGACCGCGGCCACAGGAUGAAAAAUAAAGAUCAGGAGCUGCUGUGGAGGGCCUCCGACAGCCUCACACCGCCCCUGGCUGACCUCUUCACAGGGAUCUUACCUAACGGGUACAACCCCCCCGCGGGCUUCUGCUGGGACCAGCUCUGUGAUGACCCACCGAUCAGAGAUGACCCUGAUCUGGAGGACUAUAAUGUGGAUGAUGUGGUGGAACGCUUCCUCAGUGUCGCCCACAGUCAGGCUUUGGUGUAUAAGACCAACCACAUCAUCAUGACCAUGGGCUCUGAUUUCCAAUACGAGAAUGCCAACCUGUGGUACAAGAACCUGGACAAGCUAAUCCACUACGUCAAUGCCCAGCAGGCAAAUGGCAGCAAGGUCAAUGUUCUCUACUCCACCCCUUCCUGUUACUUACAGGAACUGCACCGAGCCAACCUCACCUGGGCUCUGAAGACGGAUGACUUCUUCCCCUAUGCGGACAACGCUCAUAAUUUCUGGACUGGCUACUUCACCAGCCGACCGGCUCUUAAACGCUAUGAGAGGCUCAGCAACAGCCGUUUGCAGAUAUGUAACCAGCUGGAGGUUCUCAACGGGCCAGCGUCGAGGAAAGGGCCGUUUGGGGAAGGAGACAGCCAGACGAUGAGGAAGGCCAUGGCGGUGGCUCAGCACCACGACGCCGUGUCGGGGACAGAGAAGCAACAUGUUGCCAAUGACUACGCCAGGAGGCUGGCCAAUGGCUGGGAACACUGUCGGGUUUUAGUCAGUAACAGUCUUGCUGCUCUCAGUGGCACUUCUGCAAAGCGGCUUUAUUGUGACAACCUCAACAUCAGUGUGUGCCCUUUCACUGAAUCUACCAAGAAGUUUGCAGUGAACGUGUACAAUCCUUUAGCUCAACCGGUCACUUGGCCGGUCAGGCUGCCGGUCAAUGGAACAGCCUACAGUGUGACCGACGCUAAAGGCAAACCACUGGACUGUCAGGUGGUCCCGGUGUCUCAAGCCACCCGGGAGCUGAGACAGAACAGAGGGUAUGCCGUCAGUGAGCUGGUGUUCCAGGUGGAGGCUCCCCCUCUGGGCUACAGUACCUACUCUGUGUCCCUGCUUCAGAACGGGCCUCCGUCGGCCGCCACGCAGCACCGCGCACCCCUCGCAAUCCAGAACAAGUACCUCCAAGUGACCUUUGACCCAGAGACGGGUCUCCUGAGCUCCUUCAGUAAUCUAGAAACUCGACAGACCGUCGAGCUGACACAGAACUUCUACUGGUACAAUGCCAGCGAUGGUUACAACGCACACAGCAACCAGCCUUCGGGAGCUUACAUCUUCAGGCCGAACUCCUCCACCCCCUUCGUCAUCAGCUGGAUCGCCAAGACGGAGACGAUCAAGACUCCUGUAGUCCAGGAGGUGAGGCAGUGGUUCAGUCCCUGGGUGUCUCAGGUGGUCCGUCUCUAUGCUGACAGCAAGGCCCUGGAGCUGGAGUGGACUGUGGGACCCCUGCCCAUCGACGAUGGCCUGGGGAAGGAGGUGAUCACGCGUCUUGACACCAGUAUCAAGUCCUCCGGAAUCUUCUACACCGACUCCAACGGCAGGGAAGUGCUGCAGAGAGGGAAAGACUUCCGCCCCACAUGGGACCUGAAACAGACAGAGCCUAUCGCCGGAAACUAUUACCCCGUCAACUCCCGUGCUUACAUUAAGGAUGAGAGUGACCAGCUGACAGUUGUGACGGAUCGGUCUCAGGGAGGAGGCAGCAUCCAGAACGGCUCCUUGGAGAUCAUGCUCCAUCGCCGACUACUGUACGACGACGUGCGGGGAGUGGGCGAGCCCCUCAACGAGACCUCCAACGAAUACCCGGAGGGCCUGGUGGUCCGCGGCAAGCUGCUGCUCUCCCUCAACCCCCCCGAGAGCGCGGCUGACACACACCGCCCCCUGGCCCAGCAGGUGGUACUGCAGCCACUGCUGACUUUCACAGACGGAGACCUGCAGUCCGACACUAGACUGGAGUUCUCUGGUCUCCAGGCUGUGCUGCCCCCUGCUGUUCACCUGCUGACGGUGUCCCAGUGGGACAGAGACUUGGUGUUGCUGCGGCUGGAGCACCAGUUCCAGAGCUGGGAGAGCAAGAUGCACUCCCAGCCAGUUACGGUUAACUUGCAGAAGCUGUUCUCCACCAUGGAGGUGUUGGGCUUCUCGGAGACGAACCUCUCAGCCAAUCAGUGGAAGGACGAAAUGACACGCCUGGACUGGAGACCACAGACAGACGACGUGCCCCUGCUAAAGCCAUUGGGGGACCCCUCCAUAUGGGAAGUGACUUUAAAGCCCAUGGAGAUCCGCACCUUCCUUCUGCGAGUCAGCCACAGAUAGCCCAGACCGGGCCUGGGAUUCAAGGACGGCGAGACAGUAAGAUGUAUGGACACUUCUCGGUCGGGGUGAGAGCUUCUGCACUGCCAGUAUAUAGGACCCCUACACUGACAACAUCGCCAGUGGUAAUAUCCCCAAACCCCUUCAGAGAUUCAUGAGGGAGAUCUCAAAUUCCCAUUUGAGAACAUGCAAACUUCACACAGAGGAUGACCUGGGACGACCCCCAAGGGUGGACAACCCCCGGGGCUCGAACCCAGGACCUUCUCACUGUGAGGCGACGGCGCUAACCACUGCACCACCGUUCCACUAAUUGUCUUUAUUUCCCUCCCAAAUCUGUUACUGGCCAAGACUUUUUUUUUCCUCUUCAAAUC